AGGAGAAACAAACAAGCCUGCAAGGUAAAUUGGGAAACCUGGAAAAGCAGCCAACAUAAGUAGCACCUCCCUAAAAUACCUUCAGCUUCGGUAAGAUUCUCUUCAAUGGAUUCUCUGCGUGUCCCACAUUAUCUAAAUAGCUCAAAGACUUCGGGACUCCUGCGAGUUCUAGCAAAGAAUUUCAUGGUGUUAAAAGAGUUUGGAUUCACAGUGCUUCGUCCAAGACUUCUGAAAACAAAACUUCAUCAGAAAUCUGCAUGAUCCAGGUUUCAGGAGCUCUACCUUCAGGGAUAAAACCUUGGCGAUUUACAACAUAAAGACCAUCACCUCUCAGACUAACAUGUACCUGUACAUUGCCGGUCUCGUAGUCUUGUUCUACGUCUAUCGGUGGUUCAGAGAACUGGGCCGAGUCUCAGAUAAAUCAGAGAAGUUUGUGUACAUCACAGGCUGCGACACCGGUUUCGGGAAUCUCUUGGCCAGACAUCUGGACUCGAAGGGUUUCAGAGUCAUCGCCGGCUGCUAUUCAGAGAAAGGAGAGGACGAGCUGAAGAAGAUCUGCUCUGACAGACUCACGACGCUGCAUCUGGAUGUGACUGACAAUGAGAAUGUUAAAAAAGCUGCAGAGACCAUUAAAAGCCUGGUGGGACAGAAGGGUCUGUGGGCCGUGGUGAACAACGCCGGCAUCUCCUUCCCCACGGCACCCAAUGACUGGCUGGACAUUGAGGAAUUCACACCCAUGAUUAAUGUCAAUCUGAUCGGGGUCAUCGCCGUCACUCUGAGUGUUUUACCGCUCAUUAAGAAAGCCAAAGGUCGAGUGGUGAACGUGGCCAGUGUUUUCGGCAGGAUCAGCACUCUUGGAGGAGCUUACUGCAUUACAAAGUAUGGAGUCGAGGCUUUUAAUGAUGCUCUCAGGAGGCAAAUGGCACCAUUUGGAGUGAAGGUUUUGUGCAUUGAGCCUGGAUUCUUCAAGACCACCGUCACUGACUUCAAUAUCGUGGAGAAUCAUUUGCACAGAUUAUGGAAUAAACUGCCUCAGGAGGUCAAGGAUGAGUACGGCAGCGACUACGUUGACAAAACAAAGCAGGUCGGCAAGGAAUUGGUGGAGAAGCUGGCAGACGGUGAUCUGAUGAAGGUGGUGAGCUGUAUGGAGCACGCAGUGGCUGCUGUUCAUCCUCGGACACGAUAUUCUCCAGGCUGGGAUGCCAAGUUCUUCUGGCUGCCUCUAUCCUACAUGCCAACCUUCAUCACAGACGCUUUACUCCUGAAAAAGGCUGUUCAACCAAAAGCUUCUGUACUGUGAGCAUAAAUGUUGUGUGUUAAGAUUUUAAUCUUCACAACACUUGACAAAAAAGUCUUUAUUGCACAUUUGUACAAUAUUGGGAUGAAUAAAGUACAUUUUUAAAGGUGGUCUGGAA